AUGAAGGAGGGAAAAGGUAUACCGACAGUAUGGUUUUCUUUGAAGAAAUCAUUGCAUUGCAGAUCAGAGCCAUCAGAAGUGCAUGAUCCAAAGGCAAGGAAGCAGUUGAGCUCAAUCUUGACAAAGAAAACAGGAAGGUCUGGGUGUUCAAGGUCUAUAGCAAAUCUCAAGGAUGUUAUUCAUGGAAGUAAGAGACACAUGGAGAAACCCCCAAGUUGCAGUCCAAGAUCCAUUGGGAGUAGUGAGUUUCUCAACCCAAUAACCCAUGAAGUGAUUCUCAGUAACUCCACAUGUGAGCUCAAAAUCAACAGCUAUGGAGGGUUCCAUGAUGGAAUCGGUGGUAAUGCCGGCGGUGGCGGUGGCGCCGGCAUCGGUGGUGGUGAAAAUGGUGGCUCAACAUAUGUUGGUACUUUAAGGCCAGGCACACCUGGGCCUGGAGGGCAUCCUACAAUGCAUUAUUUUAACCCUUCAUACAGGUAUCCUGCAACACCUCCCAGAAAAACUACUGCUUUUUUGACAGACAGGGAAAGCUCUGGACUUGGUGGAGAAAGACAUGGUUUACCCCCCAAACCAAGGGCUUCCCUUGAGAUAGAUUCCAAUGGAACUUCUUCUGUUACAUGCCCUAAAUGUGGAGAGCAGUUUGGCAAGUUUGACUCCCUUGAAGCACAUCAUCUUUCCAAACAUGCUGUAACUGAACUCGUGGAAGGAGAUUCAUCCCGAAAGAUUGUUGAAAUCAUUUGCCGAUCAAGCUGGGUCAAAUCCGAAAGCCAGUGUGGUCGAAUUGAGAAAGUUUUAAAAGUUCACAACAUGCAGAAAACUUUAGCUCGGUUUGAAGAAUACAGGGAAAUGGUGAAGAUAAGGGCAAGUAAACUUCCCAAGAAACAUCCCCGCUGUAUUGCCGAUGGUAAUGAACUUUUAAGGUUUUAUGGUACAACCGUGGCAUGCUCUCUCGGCAUGAAUGGAUGCUCCAGCCUUUGCAUAUCGGACAAGUGCUGUGUCUGUCGAGUCAUCAGAAAUGGCUUCUCUACUAAGAAGGAACUUAAAAGUGGAAUAGGUGUUUUCACAACUUCCACAAGUGGAAGAGCAUUUGAAUCAAUAGAAAUCUAUGAAGUCGAUCCAAAUGUAAGGAAAGCAUUGAUAGUCUGCAGAGUGAUUGCAGGAAGAGUGCAUAGGCCUCUGGAGAACAUUCAAGACAUGGCUGGUCAGACAGGGUUCGAUUCGUUGGCUGGGAAAGUAGGUUUGUAUUCCAACAUUGAGGAAUUGUAUUUGCUUAACCCCAAAGCUCUUCUUCCUUGUUUUGUUGUAAUUUGUAAAUCCUGA